UCUUUUGUUUGAAUUGGAUCCAGUUUGGAAGAGUCAGAGAUUUCAUGGUUGGUGAACUUUCCAACUCGAGUCCCAGGAGCUCUACAGUAACAGGACCCCUGUGACAGCCAGAUGGACAGUCUGCCUCAAGCUGACACUGAAGAAAUAACAUCAUGGGGAGUCAGUGCUCUGCACUCAGAGGGGGUCAAAUAAAGGAAGGGGAGUGUUACAAACCUGACCAAAAGAACAAUGAGGUUUCCACCACAGUGAAAACUGGAGAUAAGUCUCCUAUCCUCCAGAGACGGUCAUCUCUGCAGGAGCAGGGGAGAGCAAUGAAGGAGACAACAGAAGAGCAGACUUUAAGGAGGCAGGAAGACACUUCUUUUGAAAAAAUGGGUUAUAGUGAGAAGAGCAGUGCCUUGGUACAUGAGUACACUGUUCAAGUUAAUGCCACAAGUCCUUGCCGUUCUGACACACGUGCUCUGAGCGGAGAGGAGAAAGAGGCUCACUGGGUGGACAACAACAGGGCCAAACUCAUUCAGAAAGUCACUUCUGUGAUGCAAAUAGCAGAUCAGAUGCACCAGCAGCGCAUAAUCCAACAAGAGAUGUAUGACAACAUUGGGGCUGCUAAAACCAGUAUGGAGCAGAUGAGGGUGCUCUACAGGACUCUCACGUGUACAAAAGCCAAAUCUGCCUUUUUCAGAAUCCUCCAGGAAAUUGAGCCAGCAAUAUUUGAAACAGAGGAUGUCAUCAGAGAAGUCAUCAAAAAACACAAAGCAUAUCUGAGGAAAAAGCUUAGCUAUGAGUUUGAAGGCACUGACAAAAAUCCCAAGGCUCAAAAAUCUCUGGACAGAAUUUACACAGAGCUUCACAUUAUACAGGGAGAAAGUGAACAUGUCAAUAAAGAACAUGAGAUUUGGGAGAUUGAAGAUAAGAUGAGGAUUCAAACAGCUGAGGGCACAAAAAUCAAAUGCAAUGACAUCUUUAAAGUACACAAGAAGGAAGUAUGUCAUCUGAGCAAUGACAGAGGAGAAGUGAGAGCUAUCAGAACCGUGAUGACAAAGGGAAUCGCUGGCAUUGGAAAAACUGUGUCUGUAAAGAAGUUCAUUCUUGACUGGGCAGACGGGAAAGCCAAUCAGGACUUGGACUUCAUCUUUAUGCUACCAUUCAGGGAGCUAAAUCUGGUCAUAGAUAAGAAAAUUAGCCUUGAGACACUUGUGAGAGAAUUCCACCCAGAACUUAAGAACAUAACAGUUAGAAGAAUACUUGGUAACCACAAAGUUUUGUUCAUUUUUGAUGGCCUUGAUGAAAGCCAACUUCAACUGAAUUUCAAAACAGCCACAAGAUUGACAGAUCCCACUAAAGAGUCAUCAGUGGAUGCUCUGGUGACCAACCUCAUCCGGGAACAUCUUCUUCCCUCUGCACUUGUCUGGGUAACCUCAAGACCAGGAGCAGUUCAGCGCAUCCCUCGUCAGUAUGUGCACAUGUGGACUGAGGUCAGAGGAUUUAAUGAUCCACAAAAAAUAGAGUACUUCAGGAACAGAGUUGAGGACAAGACAGUCGCUGAAAAAAUCAUUAACUAUAUUACAGUGUCACGGAGCUUAUACAUUAUGUGUCACAUACCUAUCUUCUGCUGGAUUGCGGCAAAAGUUUUUGAGUAUUUGCUGCUUACAAUGGACAACAUCCAAGAUGGAAGCAUAAAUAUACCCACAACUCUUACAGAAAUGUACACAUACUUCUUUAUUAUUCAAAUGCAGGUAUCUACUGAAAAGUAUGACAAUCAAGAUGAGCCAGAUACAGAAGAGAUCUUCAGGUCGAAUGAAGAAUUCAUAUUCAAAUUAGGCAGGAUGGCAUUUGAACAUCUGAAAGAAAACAAAAUCAUAUUCACUGCAAAUGAUCUGAAAAACUAUGGCAUCGACAUAGACAAAGCUGGAGUUCAUUGUGGGUUGUGUACUGAGAUAUUCAAAGAAGAGAGCGUGUUCAUCAGAAAGAAACUGUACUGCUUUGUGCAUCUGACAGUACAGGAGUAUUUUGCUGCUCUCUUUGUGUACCGCAGUUUUGCAUGUAAAAAAAUCGACUCUCUAAGCCUCAAGGAUUUCCUGUUAAAAGGGUCUGAGGAAGAGUUGAAGUAUAUCUUGGAUGUAGAGCCAGUUGAUCUACCUUUGGAUGAGCUGAUCGAAAUUUCAAUAGCUAAUUCAACUCUGAGAAAAACAGGAGAACUGGAUAUAUUCCUUCGGUUCCUAAUUGGCAUGUCUCUACAAUCAACACAAGAACUGCUUCAAGGCCUGAUUCAGCAGACAGAGGAACACUCUGCAGUUAUUGAGAAAAUUAGGACAAGUCUAACAGAGAUAGAUUUAAUGGACUGUUCACCUGACAGAUGUCUGAACCUUAUCCACUGCCUGAUUGAGAUGAAAGACACUUCCCUACAUGACACUGUGCAGAAGUAUCUUAAACCCAAUCAUGGUCAAGAAACACAGCUCUCCCCUGUUCAGUGCUCAGCUCUGGCCAGCGCAAUUCUAAUGUUAAAUACGCCUCUAGAUGAAUUCGACCUGAGGAAAUACAGACCAUCAAUAAGAGGUGUUUUUAGGCUUCUACCGGCUGUGAGGAACUGCAGAAAAGCAAGAAUUUCAGGGGUGGAUCUCGAUGUUUGGAUUUGUGAAUCUAUCUCCUCAGCUCUUCAAAUGCCAAACUCUGUGCUAACUGAACUGCACCUGAUAAACUGUGUGCUGUAUUUAAAUGGUACACACAUCUUCAGCGAUGGCCUGCUAAACUGUCAGGCUAAUCUAGAAGCUCUCAGUCUCACCGGUUCAGGAUUCUUUUGCACAGACUGUGAAAAGUUGGAAUCAGCUAUCAAAUCACUCAUCCCAAAUCUAAGAGAACUGGAGCUGAGCGGCUCAUUGUACUCUGUGCUGUCUGGUGAGCUUUGCUACCCUAAACUGGAGAAGCUCAGACUGAACCGAAAUAGUGCAACUACAAAAAUCUGUAAGGAGUUGGUAACAGCAUUCACAUCCAACACAUGGUGUCUGCGAGAGCUGGAACUAUGUUACACCAAUUUUAAAGAUUCAGACAUGGAGAUCCUCUCAGCUGGGUUGAUGAGCACAAACUGUACAUUGGAGGCACUGAGGCUCAUCCAUAACAGACUUACUGAGGAGGGCUGUCAGACGUUGGCCUCAGCACUCAGCUCUAAACCUUCGCGUUUAAGAGAGGUGGACCUGAGCUACAAUAAUGUGCAGGACCCAGGAGUGAUGGCACUGUGUAAUGCACUGAUGAACCCGCACUGUGGUUUGAAAACACUAAGGCUGUCAUUCUGUAAAGUGACAGGAGAUGGAUGUGCCUCUCUGGCCUCUGCUCUGAGGUCUGAGCACUGCAGCCUCAGGGAGCUGGACCUGAGCUUUAAUCACCUCACAGAUCAAGGAGUCGAGCUGCUGACUGAAAUACAGAGGGAUUCACGCUGCAGUCUAGAGAAACUCAAUGUGGGCCAAAAUGAAGAAUGCUGGUUUGACUUGAAGCUACUGAGACAGUAUGCCUGUGAUCUGACACUGGACCUCAACACAGCAGGCUCGACUAUAGUUUUGACAGAGGAGAACAAAAUGGCAACAGAUGUUAAGGAGAGGCAGCCAUAUCCUGAUCAUCCAGACAGAUUUAACGCCUAUCAGGUGCUAUGUAAAGAGGGUUUGACAGGUCGGCAUUACUGGGAGGUUGAGUGUUUUUCAGCUGAUGUGGGGGUGGCAUAUAAAAGUAUAGCCAGGGUGUCAGACUGCUCAAGUGAACUAUCUCUGGGAACAAAUGAAAAGUCUUGGUGUUGGUCUAGGGAAGGGUUCUUUUGUCAUAACAAUUCCCGUCUAAAUUUCAUUGACUGUUGUACACACAGAAGCACGGUGGGAGUGUAUCUGGACUGGGCAGCAGGUAUUUUGUCCUUUUUUAACGUUUUUCCUGAUACACUCACCCACCUGUACACUGUCCACACAACUUUCACUGAACCACUCCAUCCUGCUUUCUGUCUGGACAAUGGAUCAAUUCACCUCUGUAGAAUAAAGUAAACAAAAAUAAUGUCAUAAUGUACGUAUAGCCGAAGAGCUAAUCCCUGAUGGCUACAUGCUAAGACAGCGAUACAUGUCGUACAGUGUUUAAUAUUAAAAUGAAUCUUUGUCAAAAAUAAGACUAAAUAACAUGCACUUUCACUAAUCUACCGAUUAGUUGUUGCAUGACUGUAGUAUAUAAAUAAAUAUGGCCCACAAUAAAUUGUCAAAUACAACAAUGGUAAAAGUAGUUUCUUUUAGAAAAUGCAAAUUUAACUGCCUGUGUUACAAAGCCCUAAUGUGGCCAGUAGCAAUACACUAGCACACAUUAAAGUCUAUGUCAUUACCACACACAAGUUACAUGAAGCAUUUUCAACCUGUCACAUCACACAUAAGCAGUUUGGUGUAAUCACAACAACGGGCUCAAAGACAGAUACUGUCACAUACAGUGAAUCUUGGAUGAACUUAACAGGAGAAGCAUGUUUUCAAGAAAAACUCAAAAUGGUGGUCCACUUAAUUGACUGAAAUCAACCACAUUAGAUUUUGGGGCUCAGAAUCACUUAAGAUUGUGUUUCAACUAAUUGUUUAAAGAAAAGGCAUUUUAAAUGAAUAUUAGAGAGCUUUGUAUACUGAUGGGUAGAGCAACAACCAAAAACAACCGGUAACAUCAUGUAAAUAAUUACUGAAAACCUUUUUUAAAUCAUUUUUUAAUUAACGUUUGUUAGUUUGAAAGUUUUAUUUUUCCAGUUCCCCUAUGUUUUUAGAGUUUUUUGUUGUUGUUGUUAUUUUAUUAUGUUUUCCCAUGUAAAGUUUUCUGUAACAUUGUUUUGAAAGGUGAUACAAUUUCUAGUACAUUUUUCACAUUUUAUUUUUAAUAUUUAGACCAUUUAGACUUUUUUUUCUAUAUACCUGUCAAUAAUAAUACUCCCACACUGUAUGACUCAUGAGUGAACCUCAGUGAAUACAGCUUGUACAGACCGGUCACCAUUCUUUCUCACAGUUGUCUCCUUCCUCAUCUUUAGUUUAUUGCUGCUUAAGUUUAUUGCUUGGAUGUGUGUUUUUUUUUUGGGUUUUUUUUUUUUACAUCUUGACAGGUUAGCUAACAGGGGGAAAAAAACAAUCACACAUGCAGCACAUUCAGGCUGCAAAACAGUUUUAUUCUCCUAAAAUAUGUCACUCCCACUGAUGGAAGAGACUGGAAAACAGCUGCCACUAUUUCCAGUGUAGCUACUGAUGUGAAGGCAGCAGAUGUGACUGCAGGAACUAACUGAAAGAUGGAUCAGAUUGAUUCUCUGUGUCUCUGACACUCACAUUAGCAGUGUUUCCACUUCAUCCAUGUCUCUCAGCUUUCUCCAGGAUCAGAACACAAAUGGUCAAAGUAAAAGUUUGUUUUGUCACCUUA